CCGGCUGCCAACUCUCACGAACAACAGAACAGCAAUCGUAUCAUGUCUCACUCACGAAUCAAAGCCACGCUCAUCAAACCCCCUCCACCCUCCGACGACAAAGCCCCCAUCGAGGAUGUGCUCGAGCUCACACAUUUGAACGACAUCGACCCCAACCUCUUCACGAACACAAGGCCCCUUUGGCAUCCCCCUGGAGCGAGAGGAAUCUAUGGUGGAGCAGUCAUUGCACAAUGCCUCGCCGCAGCGCAAAAGACUGUCCCCGAGAAUUUCCUCGUACACAGCAUGCAUUGCUACUUUGUUCUGAACGGAAGCUCCGACAUUCCCGUCAUUUACCACGUGGAACAUGUCCGUGAAGGGAGAAGUUUUGCGACCAGGACCGUGCAAGCGAGGCAGCGAGGCCAACCGAUCUUUACCACCACUCUAUCAUUCAUGCGAGAAGGAUCAGGAGGGAAACAGACGGUGAAACAUCAAGCAGAGAUGCCGGAGAUUCCUGAUGCAAAAGAGGUCGAGGGUAUGGAUCUCUUGGCAAGAGCGAAAAGUCCCUUCGUCACGCAACUCGCGGGGAUAUUGAAUAACGACUCCACGAACGCGCACGAGAAGAGGACCAGACAAUGGAUCAAGUGUAAAGGCAGGAUUAGCGAAGAGGGCGGGACACAAUCACAUCUUUCUGCUCUCGCAUACAUGAGCGACUCGUACUUCAUCGGCACGGUGGCAAGGACGCAUCGAUUGUGGAAAUACGACUCCCUGACGAAGACCAACGAAAAGGCCCCAUCGGAAGACACGGGCGCGAGUCCGAAGCAGAAGGAGAAGGAGAUUCUCGUUACGAGCGAUAUCCUCGCAAAGCUGAAGACGAUGGAUCUUGCAACUCUGCGAAAAGUCGAGGAUAUGGACGACGACCUGAUCAACCAACUCAACGCGCUCGAGAUUGUCAAUGGACAAAUAGUGGGUCUGAAAGAGAAGAGACCGGAAAUCGGGAUGAUGGUCAGUCUAGACCACUCCAUCUACUUUCACAAUCCGCGCAAAUUCCGAGCCGACGAGUGGCUGUUGACCGAGGCCGAGACGCCUUGGGCCGGUGACGGAAGGGGAUACGUCAAUCAGAGAAUUUUCGCGAGAGAUGGGACAUUGGUUGCCAGUUGUACGCAGGAGGGUGUGGUGCGAUUAAAGCAAGAACCAAAAGCAUCGAAGUUGUGAUGGAGAGAUACCUACCUUUGAUACAUGUACCUCUUAUUGAGAGAUAUACUAAGCGAACAAUGUCAUCAGUGUACUAUACCAGGAGACACGUUCUUUUCUGGGGAAUAAGGAAUAGUUAGAUU